AUGGGCCUGCAAAAGCAUGAAAGAAGACUGGCUAUGGCAGGGCAUUUUAGUGUUUUGGUUCUUUUGCCUACCAGGGAAUUAGCCAAUCAGGAUCACAUAGAGAAGGGCGAUAUUGACUUAAGAUUGUUGAGGUUUCGGGUCGUUGAUGAGGCUGACGAAAUGCCGAGGAUGGGUUUUGUUAAACAUGUUGAACUUAUUCUUGGCAUGGAACUACAUGUAGAAGACUUGGAACAUGUUAUUUUGAUCACGAGGCAAUGCUUGGAGUCAUGUUUGAAGCUCAACUAUUUGAUUCAGUAA